UCGCUCGCUCGCUCCCUCCCCCCGGCCGGCUCGGCGCUGACUCCGCCGCACGCUGCAGCCGCGGCUGGAAGAUGGCGGGGAACGACUGCGGCGCGCUGCUGGACGAAGAGCUCUCCUCCUUCUUCCUCAACUAUCUCGCCGACGCGCAGAGUGGGGUGUCUGGGGAGGAGCAACUCUGCGCAGACUUUCCUGAGCUUGACCUCUCCCAGCUGGACGCCAGUGACUUUGACUCAGCCACCUGCUUUGGGGAGCUGCAGUGGUGCCCAGAGAACUCUGAGACUGAACCCAGCCAGUACAGCCCCGAUGACUCCGAGCUCUUCCAGAUAACUGACAGCGAGAAUGAGGCCCUCCUGGCAGCGCUCACCAAGACCCUGGACGACAUCCCUGAAGAUGACGUGGGUCUGGCUGCCUUCCCGGCCCUGGAUGGUGGAGAUGCACCAUCCUGCACUUCAGCUUCGCCUGCCCCCUCAUCCUCACCCCCCAGUCCCAGCCCCUCACUGGAGAGACCCCAGCCCCCGGCACCUGAGGUGGACGACCUCUCACUGCUGCAGAAACUCCUUCUCGCCACAUCCUACCCAGCCUCAAGCUCCGACACCCAGAAGGAAGGCACCACCUGGCGCCAGGCAGGCCUCAGGUCCAGGAAUCAGCGGCCUUGUGUCAAGAUGGACAGCACCCAAGACAAGAAGGCCCCCACAGUGCAGUCUCAGGGCCGGAGUUGUACAGAACUGCAUAAGCACCUCACGUCAGUGCCAUCCUGCCCCCAGACUAAAGCCCGCUCCCCAGACAGGGGCUUGCAGCCACCACCGGCCCUGAGUCCCCCGCUCCCAGCCAAGGAGGAUGAGGAAGCUAGUGAGGACUGCCCGAGCCCCCAGCCAGCUCCAGCCUUGCCCCAGGACUCCCCAACACCGGGCAGGGCAGGCCCUGGCACCCAGGUGUCCCGGGAAGACAUGCAGGCGAUGGUGCAGCUCAUUCGCUACAUGCACACUUACUGCCUCCCCCAGAGGAAGCUGCCCCCCCAGGCCUCUGAGCCAGCCCCCCAGCCCUGCAGCAGCCCCUCCAAGCAGGUCAAACCCCGGCCCCGGUCCCAACACCCUUCCAAAGGCUCCUGGGCCGAGUUCUCCAUCCUGAGGGAACUUCUGGCUCAGGAUGUCCUCUGCGAUGUCAGCAAACCUUACCGCCUGGCCACACCUGUCUACGCCUCCCUCACGCCCCGCCCCAGGCCCAGGCCCCCCAAAGACAGCCAGGCCUCCCCUGGCCACCCAUCCCCUGUGGAGGAGGUGAGGAUCACAGCUUCACCCCGGAGCACCGGGCCCAGACCCAGCCUGCGCCCACUGCGGCUUGACGUGAAAGGACACACUGGCCGGACAGCCAGGCUGCAGCGGGAGGAGGAAGAGGAGGAGGAGGAUGAAGAGGAGGAAGAGGACGAAAAAGAUGAGGAAGAGGAGGAGGAGGAGUGGGGCCGGAAAAGACCAGGUCGAGGCCUGCCAUGGACCAAGCUGGGGAGGAAGCUGGAGAGCUCUGUGUGCCCCGUGCGGCGUUCCAGGAGACUGAACCCAGAGCUGGGCCCCUGGCUGGCAUUCUCUGAUGAGUCUCUGGUCCCUGUGGAGCCCCAGGGAACUCUGCCCUCACUGCGCCUGGCUCCCGAGGCCUACGACGUGGAGGGGGCACUGGGCAGCCCCACAGAUGAGGACAGUGGCCAGGACCAGCAGCUCCCACGGGGACCCCAGAUCCCGGCUCUGGAGAGCCCCUGUGAGAGUGGGUGUGGGGACACGGAUGAGGACCCCAGCUGCCCACGGCUCCCUUCCAGAGACUCUCCCAGGUGCCUCAUGCUGGCCUUGUCACAAAGUGACACUCCUUUUGGCAGGAAGAGCUUUGAGCAGACGUUGACGGUGGAGCUCUGUGGCACCGCAGGACUCACCCCACCCACCACACCUCCCUACAAACCCACAGAGGAGGACCCCUUCAAGCCAGACAUCAAACACAGCCCAGGCAAAGACAGAGCUCUCAGUCUCCCCAGCUUGGAGGGCCUCCAGCUUGGGCCCACCACAGCGGCUGCCCCCAAGCUGCCAAAGAAGCACCCAGAACGGAGCGAGCUCCUGUCACACCUGCGGCAUGCUACAGCCCAGCCAGCCUCCCAGACGGGUCAGAAGCGCCCCUUCUCCUGUUCCUUUGGAGACCACGAUUACUGCCAGGUGCUUAAGCCAGAAGGCGCCCUGCAGAGGAAGGUGCUGAGGUCCUGGGAGCCGUCUGGAGUCCACCUUGAGGACUGCCACCAACAAGGUGCCCCACGGGCUGAGGUGCAGGCCUCUGCCAGGGAGGAAGACAGAAGCUGUGACAGUGGGGGUCCCGCCAAGGACAGCGUGCCCCUGAGAGACCAUGAGAUCCGUGCCAGCCUCACCAAGCACUUUGGGCUUCUGGAGACUGCCCUGGAGGAUGAAGACCUGGCCUCCUGUAAGAGUCCUGAAUAUGACACGGUCUUUGAGGACAGCAGCAGCAGCAGUGGUGAGAGCAGCUUCCUCCUGGAGGAGGAGGAGGAAGAGGAGGAUGAAGAAGAGGACUCAGGGGUCAGCCCCCCUCGCUCUGACCACUGCCCCUACCAGAGCCCACCAAGCAAGGCCAGUCGGCAGCUCUGUUCCCGCAGCCGUUCCAGCUCUGGCUCCUCUUCCUGCCGCUCCCGGUCACCAGCCACCCGAAGGACCUUCAGAUGUGAGAGCAGAGGGCCGUGUUCAGACAGAACGCCAAGCGUCCGGCACGCCAGGAAGCGGCGGGAAAAGGCCAUUCAGGGCGAAGGCCGUGUGGUGUACGUUCGAAAUCUCUCCAGUGACAUGAGCUCCCGAGAGCUGAAGAGGCGCUUUGAAGUAUUUGGUGAGAUCGUGGAGUGCCAGGUGCUGACAAGAAGCAAGAGAGGUGAGAAGUAUGGCUUCAUCACCUACCGGUGUUCUGAGCACGCUGCCCUGUCUCUGAGGAACGGCGCUGCCCUGCGGAAACGCCACGAGCCCUCCUUCCAGCUGAGCUACGGAGGGCUCCAGCACUUCUGCUGGCCCAGACACACUGACUAUGAUUCCAAUUCAGAAGAGGCCCUUCCUGCAUCAGUGAAAACCAAGUACGAAGCCAUGGAUUUUGACAGCUUACUGAAGGAGGCCCAGCAGAGCCUGCAUUGAUAACAGCCUUAACCUUCGAGGAAUACCUCAAUACCUCAGACAAGGCCCUUCCAAUAUGUUUACGUUUUCAAAGAAAUUAAGUCUAUGAGAAGGAGAGAGAGCGAGCGCGUGAGAGAACACACGUGAGAGAGAGAGAGACUUGAAACUGCUGUCCUUUUAAAAAAAAAAAAUCAAUGUUUACAUUGAACAAAGCUGCUUCUGUCUGUGAGUUUCCAUGGUGUUAAUGUUCCACUGCCACAUUAGUGUCCUCGCUUCCGGCGGGUGGCCCCGGGUGCGCCUCCAAGUGCUGGGUCAGUCACCCAUCUCCCCUUUCUUCCCGAGAACUUCCCCUCGUAGACGUGCAGCCGUGUUCACCAUAACAUUUCUUGUCUAUAGUAUGUGAUGAUGAAAUUGUUACUCGUGAAUAGAAUCAGGAUUAUAAACUCAUUUUUAAUUGAAGAAAAAAAAGUAUAUCCUUAAAAUAAUGUAUUUAUGGCUCAGAUGUACUGUGCCUGGGAUUAUUGUAUCGCUUCCUUGAUUUUUUAACUAUGCACUGUCGUGAGGUGUUUGCCACUGAGCUGCUCUGCUCCCUCUGCCAGAAUGCCCUCGAGGUGCUGGGCAGCUGGUGGGUUGGUCCCCAGGGAAGUGUGGCCUGCAGCCACACCUGGGAGCAGUGGAGAGAGGUUCUGGGACCUUCCUGCCUAGCUCUGCCCCAUUGCUCACUGAGCACGUGCGGGUCCAGUUAUGGUUGGAGCCCCCAUCUGGUGCCAGCUUGUGCUCAGGGCUUGUGCCUGGCCUGGAGUGCUCAUAUCCUAUCCUGGCCAGCCUUGUAUGGAAGGUGGGGCAAGCUGCAUUGCUCUUGUUUUUCCAGGGGAGGCGGGCAGUGGUCCCAAGAGGUGAGAUGACUUGCUCGAAGUCCCACGGCCAGUGAAAGGGCAGAGCAGUGACCCAGCUGAGGUCUCCUGAUUCCUGGGCCCCUGCUUGUGCAGUAGCUGGGGUAAAGGUACACAGCUCCAGGGACUGGUAGAGGUGAGGGCAGCUACGCUGGGCCACAAGCAAGAAGCCUGUGGGGUUACUCUGAGGGGUAAGUCAACCGCUGACUCACCAGCAUUAGGCAAGUUUAGGCUCAGGCAUGUGUCUUAAUCCAGAGGGUUCUGUGGAUAUCUACACCUGUGGACAUGCCAUCAGAGCUUCAGUGACAUACCUGGAGAGGCACAGGCAGGUGAUCUGGGAGCAAUCAUCCCUUUGGGGCCAGCCAUCAACCCAUCCUACUCCUACUAGCUUGUCUUUCCCUUGUCUUCACUUGUAAAGCCGUUUUGGUGGCAUGGGGCGAGGGGAGCAGGAGGGGCAUGUGAGGGCCAGGGGUGGAUAAGACAGUCUCCAAGGUCCUUGCCAACUUUGACAACAUUCUAAUUGGGCUUUACUUUAAAAUUUCUGUUCUUGAGUGAUGUCAAACCGUGUCCACCUUGGAUGUUCUGCAGGUGCCUUCGGGGCCAUUCGUGAGGGAAAGCAUGGCCAGGCAGGGUAUGAGCUUGUUACUUCUGCUUCAGACAGAGCGGCUCCACCUUAAUCUGGUUCAUAUGUCAGGGUUCCUUGGGAAAUGUUUGUAUUAAAAAGAAAAGAGAAAGAGUCCUGCUUGCUUUCAAAAUGUUUGAAAUUAACCCAUUAAAACUAAAAGAAGCUAAUUUAAUCUAUUGCGAUUGCCAGGCUUAGAAAUUUGAGACUUGGUAGUUGAUUAUCAUUAUUUUUAUCAAAUUAAUCAUUUGAUAAAAUGAUUAUUUUAAUUGAUCAUCAAAUGCCUUAGUAGGUAUGCUGAGCCAAUGAGCUUGUCCUGAGAGGUGAACAUACUCCAAGCCUGCGGAGAAGGCUGGAGGAAACGGGCUUUAGAAGGAAUAGUGAAUUUGAGCUCCUGUGUAUCAAGUCACUUGACCUCCCUGGGCCCCAACUUCCUUUUCUGAAAGGACUGAGAGGGAGACGUAGGCAAGUCGAUCCCUAAGGUCCCAGCCCUCUCUGAAUCUAACCUUCUGCCUUCUGCAAAAGUGGUAUCUAGCUCAAGAUGGCAAAUACAUGGCACAUGUGCCACUAGUCCCACAUCCUUGGCCAGUGGCAGACAUAACUAAUCGACCACAGUACUCACGUUCUUUGAGCUUGGUCAUACUUUUAGAACUCUCAACACAGUGCUCUGGGCAGCCAUUACUAACAUCAGAGUUUAACCUAUUUGACAUCCUGGUCUGAUCUUUGAAAGGCUCCCAAUUCUACAGAACCAAAUGGUGACUGGGUUUCAUGCUGGCUCAUCCCUGUCUCUCAUGUCCUGAUCUAAGAGAGAAAAUUCCCCGAAAGCGAUUCAUUGGCACAGGACUCCCAAUAAUACUGUGACACACAACCCCCACUUGGGUGGCGGGUGGAGCAAGUGGAAUAGCAGAUGUGAAAUGUUUGAGGGAGGUGGGGUUUAUGAGGAUAAACCCAAGAAAAGGACUUUCCACAGCACAGACCUGAACGUUGUAAAUUCCUUUUAUAGCUCUUCACUGCCUAGCAUACAGUAGGCACAUAAUAAAUGGUUAUGGAAUGCAAUAGAAUAGAAUUUAAAUCUGUCUGCUGCCUCCCCUAAGUCCUGAUUUGACCAAGGAGUACACUGAGGUUUCAUCCUGUGGAAGCCAAUGGGAAGGAACUCCAGAGUCUGGAGAGCUGGGUUGAGUCUUGGCUCCACCAAGGACUUUGUGACCUUGCUAAAUCCUCGCCCUCCCCUCCGCACCAGAAGGAGUUGGACUAGAGGUUCUCUAAGCCCCUGCUACUUGCUUCUUCUUUGCUCACCCUAGGCCAGAGCUUCUACCCUGGGCAGGUGGUACCAGAGGGUAAAGAAAUACCAGGUUGUAGUGGAAGACCAGUCUCUCCCUCCCCUCUUCUGGGUCAGCUGAGGCUGCCCAUCCACUUCGGAUUAAUACAGGGCACUUGAAGUCACUUAUAUACUGCCCCUUGAGCAGAGCAGAGAUCUGAGCAUGGCACUGGGAGGUAACGUGCCUAAGGUCAGGGCUGGCUGUGGUGGGAGAGGAAGCCUGCCAAGACCGCCAAGCAGUUUCUGCUUGCCAUCCCAUCCAUAAAAGGCUACAAGUUCUAAAAUUGACCAAGCCUGCAGACAACCUCUAUCUGGAAGACUCAUUCGGUGCUGUGUAUUAUUAACCAAGGAGACUCCAAGGUCUCUCCAGGAAAACUUGUCCACCUUGGUCUCUUGCCCACCAUAUUAAGGAGUAAACCCAGAGGGAGCAGCGGCCACUGGCAACCAUCUCAUUGUAGCUCUGUCCUAGUAUUUGCUCUGGAUGAUGUUUACAUGUGAUUGCCAUAAAAGCUUACUGUAGACUGUGUUGACAGCCGCCCGUGUGGGGCGGGUUGUACUGUCCGUCUCUGUGCCGUGCUGGUGUUUCCAGAAAUGUCCGAUCCAACCGCUAAGUGGAAUUCAUCUCCUUCCUCAGUCGGUACCAGGCUGAAUCAGAAUCCUCAUUCUUGGGGGUUCUGGUUGCCUAAGGAAAAUGCAUCAAAGAGGUAAAGAAUAUGAGUGGAUGGAGUGCAGAGAAAGCCGACCACCCCCCCGCCCCGCCCCCCAUUAGCCCACCACAUCUUGCUCCCAAGCCAGGAAACUGUUUUGAGUCAAAGAGCCACAAGUCAGGUGUCUGCAUCUGCUGUGAGGCCUUGCAGUGUUGGCAUGUUGACCGUGCUCAGGGGAGAGGCAGGGCUUCGGGGGCUUCGGGGGGCAGGGGGAGGAAGGGAGGAGCGCUCGGAGCUGCAAACACUCAGUACCCAAGUCCUGAUGCAGGAAGAGAUGCAUAAAGCCUAUGCUCUUAGAGGUUUUGAGCGUGGUCUCUUCCGGGCAGAUGCGGCACGCGUGCCGAGGCCCCCGUGCAAGCGGUGAGGGGGCGGCAGGGAGGGCACUGACACGUCGUCCUCCUGCGUGGGCUGGGGAGGAUCUCCUGCCAGGCCUGGGCUUCUGUUGAAAUCACAGCUGAGCCUCCAGCUUGAGGGAGGGGCUGUCCCAGCUGUGAAGCAGAACCAACCCUAGACACUCGGUUGAUCUAACUCCCUGACGUCAAAACCGCAGUGUUUUCUUAGCGUUUGGGAUCUAGCAAUUCCCCUCCAAUAGGACGAAGGGAAGAAAUUGGAUGUACGGUAGCAAAUAAAGUGAACCUCAUGGUUUUGUUGGCCAAAGAAGAGGGACCCCCUCACCCCUUCCCACUAGGGCAGAAGGAGAGCAGUUAGUGCUUGUGUGCAAUAUGUUGGAGCUGGCCCCCGAGUCCCGGGGGGGCAUAUGCCCACAUAGGUGGGCUCCGGGGCUGUCUGCUGAGUCCGGAGGUACAGGGUAAAUGGAGGGAGAGCUCGGGAGCUGGGAAACCCACAGAAAUGUUCUUGGCCUGAAACAGAUGGCGGGGUGCGGGGAGGACCCGUGGGAGGCGGCUGCAGGACGUCCAGGAGGCAGGCAGAGGCUGACUUUGCAUUGAAGCAAUAAAAGCACUUUGAGAAAACCACA